AUGCAGCUGCGGCAGCUGCGGAGGUCCAGGACAAGUCUCCACGCGAGUGCGCCCGAUGUGCGGGCAACCCCCACACGCGUCUUCACUUGGGGGGACGACGGCUGCGGGCAGUGCUUGGGCGGCGCCCGGUCCAGCCUCGAGUCGGUAGUGUCACAGCCCACAGAGGUGAGGUUGCCUGACGGCCGCAGCGAUUUCGGGCAGCUGUGCGCGGGCUGGGAGCAGACCUUGCUGGCCUCUGGCAGGGGCAGCCUCUGGGCGGGCGGCUCGAACAAAGGCCAGUGCAUCUCCGAAGAGGAGGACAUGGACCGCACUUUUGGCCUGCGCGCCCUGGACCUCGCGGGAGCGGAGGACGCGCCCGUGGCUGCUCUUGACGCUGGAAGGGAACACUUCGUGGCCAUCCGGCGCGGCGGAGAGCUGCUGAUGUCGUGGAGCUCCUCCAACGAGUUCGGGCAGGCGGGGCAGGGCUCUGCAAGGGCGGGCGUCGGGCCCUGCAGGCCCGCGAGCUUCCCAGUGCAGCCCGGCGGGGUGCGCGUGUGCGCGGUGAGCUGCGGGCAGGACCACACCGUCGCCCUCACGGAGUGCGGCGAGGUGUUCUGCUGGGGCGACGGCUCGAAGGGGCAGCUGGGCUUGGCGGCGGCGGCCUUGGCGGGCGGCUCCAGGGUCCAGCACGCGCCCACGCACGUGGACGCUGGGGGUCUGCGCGGCUUGCCGGUGCGGCAGGUGGCAGCCGGCGCCCAGCACUCGAUGGCCAUGGGCCUCAGCGGGCAGGUGCUCUGCUGGGGCGACAACCGCCACGGCCGUCUCGGGCUCGGUCCCGAGUUCGAGGCGUCCGAGCAGGUGCCCCUGCCCACGCUGGUGGGCGGGCUCAACGGCGAGGUCCGACGCAUCGCGGCAGGCGGACAGCACAGCGCGGUCGUGUUGCGUGGGGGGGUGCCGCUGUUGGCGGGGGACAACCGCAAGGGGCAAUUGGGGCUCCCCGUGGCCGAGGUGCAGUGCUCGAGCUUCUUCCAGAGGAUGCGGUUCGGCGAGUGCUCUUUUAAGGUUCGCACGGUGUCGUGCGGACUCGACUACACGCUGCUGCUCUCACUCGAGGGCGAGCUGUUCGCGGUGGGCGCUAACGACCGCCGCCAGCUGGGGCUCGCUUCGGGCGAUUACGUCGACUCGCCGCAGAGGGUGAUCUUCCCCGAUGACGAGCUAAUCAUAUGGGCCGUGGCAGCGGGGCCUGGUCACGCAGCAGUUCUGGCCUCGGAGCCCCCUGAGUCGAUGUCGCGACAGCCCUCCGUCCUGCAGCGCGCGGCCAUGCACUGCGCUGGCCCCCCUGGCGCAGACAUUGGGGGCCUGGAUGCGGAGACCAGCGCAGACGACAGCGAGCAGGAUUCGCCGCUGCCCAGGACGAAGGCGCAGCGUCACUGUGGCACGGGCGGCCUCUGCGAGGAGGAGGACCACGUGGUGGCGGGCGCGGAACCACUGAGGAAGCUGCGGUCCACAGGCUACAUCAGCCGCGUGGGGCGAAGCCACACUCUCGAGGUACCCCUCUCGCGCCAGCCGCCGGGCGCGGCACCGGCGCUCAAGCGCGGCGAGGCGGCGCAGGGGGUGCCGAGCAGGGACGGCGUGGUGUUGUCGCUGAAGGUUGUGCAGGUCGGCGUGGCGUCCGGGGUGAACUUUGCGUGCCUCUCGGUGGAGGCCCUGCAGGACCUCGUGCACGCCAUUCCCGCCGCGGCAGCCGCCGAGGGGUUGGCCGCGGGCGCGCGGCUGCGGGAGACCGUCGAGGCGGCGCUGAGGCGUCCUGCGGUGCUCGGCUCCUGCUUUCUCUGCCCCGCCAUCAGCGAGGCCAAGCUGAACGCUGGGGAGCUCUGGGCCCAGCUCACUGAGGUGCGCCGGCGCGGCCCGUCAGUGCAGGAGGGUUGGCUAGACGCUUGUCGCCACGGCUUGCAGGCGCUCGCCCCGAAGGACGGCCUGCUCAAGAACAUGCGAACCCGCGACCAGGUGAGGGCGCUGGUCAUCUAUUUGUUGGUCGUGGACUGGCGCUCGCUCCUCGACGGCAAGGCGGCCGCUGGGGCCUCGUAUACGAACGCCCUGGAGACUGCCACCGAGCUGCUGCGCAUGGUGGCGAGGCUGCCCGCGGCCGGGCGCGCCGCGUUCCGGGACGUCGUGGCGGACGAGUGCGGCGAGCUGGCGGUGCUGCGCGACGCGCUGCUGCCGGCCGCCCACGCGAUCGCGGCAGCGGCGAUGCGCCGGUGCAAGGAGAGCCAGCGGCUACUGCCGCCGCUGUGGGAGUCCGUGCUGCUGCUGCAGCUGCUCUGGGCCUCGGAGGUGAGGAGGGCGGGGAGCGUGGCGGCGGCGGCUCGCGCCGCGCUCGCGGCGGAGGCCGCGGAGGACAGCCAGCUGCCCCGGACCGUGAGCAAGAUCGGCCGCAGCCUCUCCCGGGCGCAGACCGCGGAGUCGGGGGGCGCGCCCGUCGUGGGCGGGGCGCUGCUGGCCGGGGCGCCGCUGCCGCGGGAGAGCUUCCAGAUCCAGGCGCUCGUGGAGUUCGACUUCCCGCCGCAGGUGGAGCUGGGCUUGUUCGUGGACGGGGCCAAGAUGCAGGUGAUCGAUCCCGAACGGCUGUGCACCGACAAGCAGUGGGAAAUCAGGGACGGCCAGCUGCCGCCCGAGUUCCGCUCCUUCAUGGCGAACGGCAACCUCGUGCCCACGAGCUACAAGCAGCGGGUGCUGCAGGCAGAGAACGUCGCGAAGCAGCAGCAGGAGGUGCGUCGCAAUGUUGCUGACGAGAUCACUAAUGGAGGUCUGGGUGGAAUAUGGAUUGGAGGAGUCGUGCCCGCAUCAACGGUCUUCUUCAUGAUCGAGGUGCGGCGCAGCCACCUCCUCGAGGACACCAUCCGGCAACUUCAGAGCGCGGACCCACGCCACCUGAGGAAGCCUCUCAAGGUAAAGUUUGCCAACGAGGAGGGGGUGGACGAGGGCGGCGUAACGAAGGAAUACUUCAGGCUGCUGUCGGAGCAGCUCUUCACACCCGAUUUCGGGAUGUUCCGGGCGGAUCCUGACUCGAGGUACCUCUGGUUUGAGCCCGCUUCCUUGAACGAACCCGCAGAGUUCAGGAUGGUUGGGGAAGUGUUGGGCUUGGCCGUAUACAACAACCUGCCCGGUUUCAACGUGAAUUUCCCGGCAGCGAUGUUCAAGAAGUUGAAGAAUGACCCGCUCACGUUCGAGGAUUUCCAGCAGGUGUUCCCAGCACACGCGGCCUCCCUGAACGGGGUGCUGAGCUGGGCCCCUCCCCCUGGUCUCUCCGACGGCGAGGCCGAUCAACUGUUCCAGGACACCUUCAGCAUAGACUUCUCGGUCAGCUUCCAGGCGCUCGGCGAGACGCGCACCGUCAGCCUGCUGGGCGAGGCAACGGACCCGCCGCCCGUCACACUCGGCCGCCGGGCGGAGUUCGCGGAGCUCUUCAAGGACUGGCACCUCUGCGAGGGGAUCAAGGCCCAGUUCCAGGCCUUCCAGCUGGGCUUCGGGCGCGUCUGCAGCUCCUCGCCAGUGUUCGACGCGCUGUCGGCGGCGGAGCUGGAGGCGAUCGUCUGCGGGGAGGGCGACCUGGACUUCGCUGCGCUGCGGAGGGGCUCUCACGUCGUGGACACCGUGGUGCAGUUCUGCGACGGCUACCUGGACGAGUUCUGGGAGAUCCUGGAGUCGUUGGAACCGACGCAGAAACGCCAGUUUUUAAGGUUCGUCACCGGCAGCGACCUUGCCCCGAUCGGGGGGCUGGAGCGCAUCGGGCUCAAGAUCCAGAGGAACGGCGGCGACAUUGAUGACCUGCCCACCUCGCACACCUGCUUCAACCUGCUGACACUCCCUGAGUACGGUUGUAAGGAGAAGCUGAGAUCUAAGCUCGUGGCCGCGAUAGAGUGCGCAGAGGGCUUCGGCCUGGCCUGA